GCGAAAGGUUACACCUAUAGGUUCUAUAUUGUAGGUCAAUCCUAUUCCACUAGUACCAAUAGGCAGCAUAGGGGAAGAAGCACUACACCAAGGAAUCAACAAUACGAAAACUUUGUUAUAUAUUUCCUUUUCCUUAUUGGUAUCGGGACUAACAAGAAUGGUUGGGACAACAAACAUCCAUCUCGUUCGUACUUUGGAUACCCGUAUAACCAUCAAAGAUCGUUGAAGUGACUAAUUCCUGAAAAUAGGAGGCGUUGAGGACAAAGAAAUUGUUGGAGUUACCAUUUCCAUCUAGCACUAAUAUGAUUGAUUGGUGUUAAAAAAACCUCUUGCGGGAAGGCUGGCUAGAGAUUUCUUGUAAAAAUACCAGCUCCUGUCAGUUCAUAAUGAUAAUAGUUAAAUUUGGAUUCCAUGGAUUAUUCCCCUUAGUACUAUGCACAGAAGGGAGGAGCCGUAUGAGAUGAAAAUCUCACGUACGGUUCUGGAACGGAGAUUCUUUGAAUAGAAUGAACGACCGUAACGGAUGU